CUGAUUCGAUGUCUAUCCGAAUGGAACAAUCACCGAACUUUUUGUCGUCCAUUUUUUUGGUCGUAUUCCAUGAAUCAACUUGCGUAGUUGAUGGACCUUAGUAUCUUAAGAUCCGUAAUAAACUAACUAUAAUAGCAUAUUCAGCUAAAGUCGUGAUUUAGUUUUAUUUAGAAGUUAUUGUGUUCUGCACUACAGUGGUAGAAAGAUGUGUGCAAUGUUUUGUUAAUGCAGAAAUGGAGCCGCGAAUUUUUAUAGUGACUCUCCUUGGAUUGUUUUGCUGGUUCACCAACGUGUUCGGUGUCCACAUAACCAACCUAAAUGGCUCCUGUUUCCGUUGUCUCUGUCACGUAGCUGGGUGUGACAUGUCCAGAGGUUGUAGCGAAGGGUACUGCGGCCCAUUCUUCAUAUCCAGGGUAUAUUGGGUAGAUGCUGGUAAACCGACCCUGCCUGAUGAUGAUCCGGAUAGGAAAGAAGCAUUCGAAGACUGCGCCCGUGACUACCACUGCUCCAUCAAAAUUAUCGAGAGCUACAUGGCAAAAUUUGGAAAGGACUGUAACAACGACGGAGUAACAGACUGCUUCGACUACAUGCUGAUCAACUACCACGGCGGCAGGGCCUGCUCCAAGCCACUGGUGCACACGCAGUCAGGCCGAAGGUGGUUGCAGGCUUAUCGACAAUGUCGGUUUUGAAAUCAUAUUGAUAAUAAGCUUAUUUGACCACUUAUUUUAUGAGAUACAUAAGAAGAGAAGGCUUCUGAUAUCUCUUCUUGGUAAUGAGUUUGAAGAUUUGUAGAUAACACCUACUUAAUAGAAGUGCUACUAUUGUCACUAAUCCAGAUUUUAAUGAAGAAAUGAAUAUUCGAAUAGUUAUAUAUAAAAGGAUGAAAUAAAAUAUCGACAACUCUAACAAGGUAUAUCCUAUACAAGCCUAGCAAAUAAUUAAAAUGUAUAUAAAUAAAAAUGAAUUUCCGUUCGUUAGUCUCACUAAGACUCGAGAACGACUG